AUGACACCCUACGAGGUAGUCUACGGGGUUCCACCACUGCGACUCCUCAGCUAUGUUCCCGGUACCACUCGUGUGGAGGCGGUGGACGACGUGCUCCGAAACCAUCUAAAAAGGACUGAGCGUGAAUUGAAGUUGGGCCAAGGGGUUUACCUGAGACUCCAGCCGUACCGCCAAACCCCUAUCGCCCAUCGCCGCGCCUUGAAGCUUUCUCCUCGAUUCUAUGGGCCGUUUCGGGUGCUCCGAAAGGUGGGGAAAGUGGCCUAUGAGAUAGAGCUACUGCCGGAGGCCCGUUUCCACCUGGUCUUCCACGUGAGCCAACUGAAGCCGAAGCUUGGAUCCGCGGUGGUGCCCUUACCCAAACUACCUCCCGGCGAUGCACGAGGGGUUCUGCAGCCAGAACCUGUAGAGGUGCUGGACCGCCGGUCGCGACCGAAGAACAACCGGGUUCUUGUCGAAAUACUCAUUCGCUGGGAGGGGCAGACCUCCGACGACGCCACUUGGGAGGAGUACCACCUUCUCAAGGACGCUUACCCACACCUUGUGGGCGAGGUGUUCUGA